AUGUCGACAGUGUCAUCCUCCGACUCCAUGUUGGCUCUCGGCCAGGGCACCCUGCCCGCCGCCAGAGGAGGCACCGUGGCCGCUUCCAAUGACGGCCACGCCCCUGCACCACCUUCGAUUGUCGUCCACCCCUACGCGACGGUCUCUGUGAAGUCGCACGUCCCCAUCACGUUGGAGUUGAAGAACUCCAUCUACUCCAAAUGGGCGUCCUUCUUCAAAUCCAUGUGCGGCAAGUUCGGUCUCAAGCCGCACAUCGACGGCAUGCUCCCUGCCUGCCGCACCGAUCCCCAAUGGGAUCAAGCCGACUGCUGCAUCCGUACUUGGAUCUUCGGCUCCGUCGACGACUCCGUCCUCGACCUCGUCAUGGACAGCGAUGACCAGACCGCCCGCGAACUGUGGGUCUGCAUUGAGGGCCUCUUCCGUGCCAACAAGGAGCCGCGCGCCCUCCUGCUCAGCCACGAGUUCCACUCCAUGCAGCAAGGCGAUACUCCGAUCUCUGAGUUCUGCCAGGAAAUGAAGAAGAUGGCCGACUCCCUGCGCGACAUCGGGCACGGCGUCUCGGACUCUCAACUUGCCCGCGACAUCCUCGUCCUCAAGGAGCUGCGCCUGAAGAACUCCGAUUCGGUGGCCGCCAGCACCGCCCUCCUCGCCUCCACCAACGCCUCUUUGUCCACCUGCAUGAGCCCAGGCUGCCGCUCCUCUUCCGCUGGAUCUGCUCCAGCGCGCAGCGACCAGAGGCGCGGCGGCGGAAACGACGGCGGCGGCGGCAAGCGCGGCAAGGGCAGGGGGCGCCAGCAGGCCGGCCAGGCCACUCAGGCCGGCGGCACCCCUCAGCCCAUGGGACAGCGACCCACUGGGCCCUAG